CAGGCAGGCAGGCAGGCGGCUUGGCAGACAGGAAAGGACACAACUUUCGGACACGCAGCAAAGGAACAGGAUGUUCGACCUGGUGAAUUGGAUGAUGCUGAUGUGCUGCUGGUGCUGCGACCGCAAGGACAAGGACGAAGAGGAAUACGACAUUUCGGAUCACAAACACCAACGUGAGCGGGGGAGUCGAGGCGGUCCUCGAGAGCAGGCCGACGCCGACGCCGGCCCCCAGGGUCAGGGACAAGCGCAGCCGAAGAAGAAGACGCCGCAACUCGCGCAUGCGCCACAGCUGGAGACCGAGACAUGAUCGGAAGAGAACGCAGUGCGUCUAAAAUCUUGAUGCCGUGGGUUCUGCAAUAGAGUCCCGAGACGAUCGAUUCGACUUUGAGAAAUGCAAGCAACGGCCCCCAAAGGCCUUCCGUCCACAUACCUGUCCGCUUCCACACCACCACAUCUCGUCGCAAAAUCCCCCUUUCGAAAAUUAGAAGAACAAGAAUCGCAACCUCCCUCAUUUACUCACCCAUCCACCUACCCACCCACUCACUCAUUCCUCCUGGAAACUGCCCCCCGGCGGCUCCUCCUCAUACUGCACCGCCCCCUCCGGCACCUCCACGACAGCCGACCGGGUCCAGAUAUGCACGGCGCCUCUCAUCAUCUCCUUGCUCAGGCCGUCCAGACACCCGGCCUUGACGCUCAACAUGGGCGCGGUCUUGCCCUCGCGCGACACGUGCACGUGGACCAGGCGGCUCCCGCACCCGGUGCAGAAGUAACCCUCCGUGGAGCCCUGCGCGUUCGGGCGCGUGUGCACGGCGAUGGCGCCCGGGUGGGGCGCGAACCGCCGGAUGUCGAAGAAGGGGAAG